UGCAUACUUAACUGUAUUAUUUAUAAAGGCGCGUUUCUCGUGCUUUAGUAUUUGACCUUUAUGAGUUCCCGUACUGCUGAAGCGGCGUUGGUUGAUGUGUCAAAAUGGCAGAGUUACCAACACUAGAGAGUCUGCUAGAGAUGGGUUUUGAUAGAAACAGAGCGGAGAAGGCAGUGGCCAACACAGGAAACCAGGGGAUAGAACAAGCCAUGGACUGGUUAAUGGAACAUGAGAAUGACCCAGACAUUGAUGAGCCCUAUGUACCGCCUGUGGGAAACGUCCUGGGCGGAGAAGCAGACAGCCAGUCCAGUACAGAUCAGUCGACACUAGGAGACACCCCUGAAGAGAUAGCAGGUGAGGACAGCAGCUACAGUGAGGACAGUGCAGGUGCAAAGCGGCCAAUGACAGAGGAGGAGAAACGUGAGCAAGUUAAGAGGUUAGAGGAGCUGAUGCGGGUGAAACAGGCGGAGAGAAGAGAGCGUGAGCGGGCAGAAGAGGUGGAGAGGGAGAAGCUGAGGAGGAGGCAAGGCCAAGAGCUUCAGCAGAUUCGCCAAAAACUGCAGGACGAUGAAAUGAAGAAGCUAACUGAGCAGCGUAGGAGAGAGAAGAUGGAGGACAAACUGGCAAGGCAAAGGGUUAAAGAGAAGAUAGCACGAGACAGAGAGGAGAGAGCGCAAAAGUUUGGAGGCAGCGGACCCCCAGGCACAGCCGCAUCGUCUCAGCCUGCUGAGCCCAGCCCUUCAUCACCCACCAGUCAGGGUCCUCCACCCACUAAGGAGUAUGAUGAGUCCAGGAUACAGGUCCGUCUGCUGGACGGCUCCACCAUCAACACAGUCUUCAAGGCCCAGGAGCCGCUGGCGGCUGUGCAUGUCUAUGUGCAGAUGAAUGGCAACACACCUGAGGGUCAGGAAUUCACGCUGCUGUCACCUUAUCCCCGCCACGUCUACACCGACCUGGACAUGGAGAAGCCCCUCAAAGAGCUGGGUUUGGUGCCUUCAGCUGUACUUGUUGUUACUAAAAAGUGAGAUCAGGAGGAUCUGCUGUGAGCCUACCUCGCCACUUCAACCACAACACCAGAGACACCAGGAAUAGGGUUGCCACCUUUUAGUAUCACUCAUAAGCCAGCUACCUGAACUAAAGUACAGAUGUAGGCUUGAGGCUGCAUUCAGGUGAUGUGUAAAAGCUCUAAAGAUUAAAAAGGUUGUAUGAAAAUGGUUUGAUUUUUCCAGACUGAUUGCAGCGCUGUGACAUUGUGGGCUGAUGUUACUGGCUAGAUUGUCCAGCUCAGUGCAAACACCAAUGACCUUUACCAAUUAAGAGCUAAGUGAAGAUAACUGGCUUCUGACUGAUACUGCUUCAACAACAUUUAUCAAAACAACACAGAAGAAAAUGGUUCAAAUUUAUCCUGAUCCCUACAUAUAAAUCUACCCCACAAGACCUACUCAACAGGUUCUGAAAGAACCUAAAAUUUAACCCCUGUGAUCUUCCUCUGUUUUUGACAUUCUACUUUGCCAGUUUUUUUUUUAAAUAAGUUAUGUCUAUGUAAUCACCAAGAAUAUACUUACAAUAAAGCUG